AGUGGCCGAGCCGCCGGCGCGCCGACCCGUCCGCGCCGAGGCCGGUCCCGCGGCGGCUCGGGUGACAGCGCCAGGCACGGUCGCAGCAGACAGCGGCGAAGAUGGCUGAUGAUUUCGGCUUCUUCUCGUCGUCCGAGGGCGGGGCUGCCGAGGCGGCCGAGGAGGACCCGGCGGCUGCCUUCCUGGCCCAGCAGGAGAGCGAGAUCGCGGGCAUCGAGAAUGACGAGGGCUUCUCCGCACCUGCCGCCGGCCAGGGGGCCUCGGCACCGCCGGCGCCCCAUGGGCACCUGCCAGCUGGUCCUGAGGACAUGGGAGCCACAGUCAACGGCGAUGUGUUUCAGGAGGCUAAUGGGCCUGCCGACGGCUAUGCUGCCAUCGCCCAGGCCGACAGGCUGACUCAGGAGCCUGAGAGCAUUCGCAAGUGGAGGGAGGAGCAGAAGAAACGGCUGCAAGAGCUGGAUGCCGCCUCCAAGGUGACAGAACAGGAGUGGCGGGAGAAGGCCAAGAAGGACCUGGAAGAGUGGAACCAGCGCCAGAGCGAACAAGUGGAGAAGAACAAGAUCAACAACCGGAUCGCCGACAAAGCAUUCUACCAGCAGCCGGAUGCUGACGUCAUUGGCUACAUUCUUCUUCAGGCGUCUGAGGAGGCUUUUGUGAAGGAAUCCAAGGAAGAGACCCCAGGCACAGAGUGGGAGAAGGUGGCCCAGCUGUGCGAUUUCAACCCCAAGAGCAGCAAGCAGUGCAAGGACGUGUCCCGCCUGCGCUCGGUGCUUAUGUCCCUGAAGCAGACCCCGCUGUCCCGCUAGGUGCCUGCCGUCCGCAUGGCCACGCAGCAUGGGCUGGGCUCGGGCACAGGGGGAGUGGCUGCUCCAGCCAGGAAGGAGGCGUUCGCCAGCGGCUGCCACACAGCCUAUCCUGUCCCUCCCCAUCUGCGGGGGGCACGGGCUGGGAAGGGAGCCCCUCACUCCUUGUGCCCCCCUCUCCCUCCCGGCCCCCACUUGGUCCAGUCCCUCCUCCUCCUCUCGGUCUGCUCAGUUGUGACCGUCCCACCUGAUGUAUUUUUUUUUUUCUUGGCUUAAAGGGUGUGUUGUUAACUCUUUUUACACUUAUUUAUUAUCAUCCUCAUUUCUCUGGAAGCC